AUGUCGGUAUUCUCACUGGAUCCGAGCCAUGGCAACCCCGUCACAACGGAAGUCCUAGACAAGCUUUGCUCACAGCUUGGCAUGCCGAUAGAUGAAAAAGAGAAGGAAGACUAUCGACGUCUACUUGCAGUUUUCCAUGAUGCGAGCGAACAGCUGAUGACUAUGGACGACUACGUCCCACGUGUGGAUGAAGAUCGCUUUCCGAGAGAAAACGUACAUUUUCCAGAGAUAUCAGAGAAUCCCCACGGAGCAUGGGCAUGGAGGUGUAACAUCAUUGACAAGCUCUCUGACGGCAAAGGCAAGCUGCACGGCAAGACGUUCGUUCUGAAAGACAACAUAGCCGUCAAAGAUGUACCCAUGCUACUAGGCACCAACUUCGUCAAAGACUACGUUCCGGAUCUCGAUGCAACAGUUACAACCCGUAUCUUGGAGUCCGGCGGACGUAUCCUGGGAAAAGCUGUUUGCGAAAAUCUAUGUCACUCGGCAACAAGUCACUCCUCCGGUACUGGCGUAGUCGAGAACCCAUUCGCAAAAGGCUACAGUGCAGGCGGAAGCUCCAGCGGAUCAGGGGCAAUCAUCGCACUAGGCGAAGCCGACGGAGCGAUUGGUGCAGAUCAAGGAGGAAGUAUCCGUGUUCCAGCGGCCAACUGCGGUAUUGUAGGUCUAAAGCCUACAUUCGGACUUGUACCAUACACGGGAUGUGGCAGCAAUGAGCCAACCAACGACCACAUCGGCCCCAUGACACGCACUGUGCUUGAAAACGCUCUUCUCCUCGAAGCUAUCGCAGGCAAUGAUAACAUCGAUGACCGCUCCUUCACCGCACCACACCCCUCUAAAAUCCCACUCUACACUUCCAUUACCAACCUCCCCCAAGAGAAACCCCUCCAAGGCAAGAAAUUCGCAAUCAUAACCGAAUCCCUCUCAACCCCCGCCAUGGAUAAACGCAUAGUCCGAAACUUCCUCGCCGCAGCCUCAAAAUAUACCUUGCUCGGCGCAACCGUAACCCAAGUCUCCAUCCCCCUGCACGCCAAAGGCGCCGCAAUCUGGACCGGCAUCUCCAAAGUCGGCGGCUUCCUAAGCAAAGCCAGCGGUCCCUUCGGACGUCGCACACACCAAAUGCUUCCCUUGAAUACUCUCUUCCAGCAAGCCGCGGCAGUCCCGGAAAACUGGGACGAAGUGUAUCCGUCUACGAAGAAUAUUUAUCUAAAUGGGCUGUAUGCGACACAACAGUUCCCGAAUCUGCUCGCUAAAGCGACGAAUUUGUCGAGACAGCUGCGCGAUGCGUAUGAUGCGGCGUUGAGCGAGUAUGACUUGCUGCUUACGCCUACGCUACCGUAUGUGGCGACGAGUCAUCCGUCGCCUGAUGCGACGCCGUUGGAGCAGGUGGCGAAGCAGGUUGGGUUGACGUCGAAUACGGCGCCGUUUAAUCAGAGUGGACAUCCCGCGCUUGCGUUACCUAUUGGGUUCUUGAGUGUGCUGGAAGGGCCGGGCGUGCAAGAUGGAGUCCGGUUACCAGUUAGUAUGCAGAUUAUUGGGAAGUGGUGGAGCGAGAUGGAAGUCCUGGAGGCAGCGUAUGCGUGGGAGCGGGAGUGGAAUUGGAGGGAGCUGUGA